AGAAGAACAUUGAGGUUAGUUGAUUGUUGAUUUGAUUUGAAUUUUCUGAUGAAGAAAGCCGUUUCACAUAUCUUUUGUAUACAUUUCUCACAGAGGUCCUAGUUCUAAGGAGGUCAUUGACUUUUAUUUAUUUUUUUGUAGAAAUUUUUCUGUUAAUAAUGAGUGACGGUGAGCAUAUUAUAGGUUGUGUAGUGAAUAUAGAGUGGCUGAACAAGCAAGGAGUUAUUCAAAGAAAAGUGUGUCACAAAAAAGGCAAUUUACGUUUAAUAAGAGAUGACAGAAAGGAUAUUUUAAUUGAAGUGUCUGCCGAGAAGGCUUCUAUACUCAAAUUUCACCUUAAAGGUGCCUCAGUUCACAAAAAAUUUAUGAAUGAAGGCAAAGCAACUCUGAAAUUUCCAGAUCAAAAUUGUUCAAUAUAUUUGUCGAAUGCACCACCUGGUCAACUGUUAGUAUUUUUGAGGACCCUAUAUAUCAAAAUGACAGGUGAUAAAGUUGUUACCACUUCCAACAAAACUUCUCUCAGAACUCAGCUAUUAUCAGGCAAACCUCAACACUUUCAAGAAAUUUCACCAGUAACCACUGCAGAAAUGAAUAAAGCUUUUACAAAAAUAAGUAAGUCUACAGACACUACUCCCAGUCCUCUUGUUGGAAAAAAGCGCAAAAUUGAUCGAGAUGAUUGCACUAAACCGCCUGCUGCUAAAAGGUUGUAUGUACCAUCUCCAAUCCCGAAUGAGCCUCUUGAUUUGGAACAAAAAGAAGUCUUGGAUGCAUGUUUGGGGGGUCACAAUAUUUUUUUCACAGGAAGUGCUGGCACAGGAAAAAGCUAUUUAUUGAAAAAAAUAAUUGGAGCUCUGCCACCUGAUGUUACUACUGCCACUGCAUCAACAGGAGUAGCUGCAUGUCAUAUUGGCGGUAUCACACUUCAUCAAUUUGCUGGAAUUGGAAGUGGGGAAGCAACCUUAGAACGAAGUGUUGAGCUAGCUUCAAAGGCAUCUGUUGCUAGCAUUUGGAGAAAAUGUAAGCAUUUGAUUAUAGAUGAAGUUUCCAUGGUCGAUGGAACUUAUUUCGAGAAGAUUGAAGAGGUGGCAAGGAGGGUAAGAAGAAAUGACAAACCAUUUGGAGGCAUCCAAUUGAUAUUAUGUGGGGAUUUUUUUCAACUACCUCCGAUAGUAAGGCCAAAACCAGGACAGUCCAAAUUGACCUCUCCCAAAUUUUGUUUUCAAACCAAGGCAUGGGAAAAAUGCCGUUUAACCACAUUUGAGCUGAAAAGGGUACACCGGCAAAAUGAUGAAAGUUUUAUAUCAAUUUUGAAUAAGAUUAGAAUUGGUCAGGUAGAUGAAAAAGUUUCUACAACAUUGGAAAAAACUGCAAAACAGAAGAUAGAACGUGAUGGAAUCUUAGCCACUAGACUGUGCUCACAUACUAAUGAUGCUGACAUCAUCAACGGAUCUAAAUUGAAGGCUCUCUCGGGAGAAAGCAUAGUUUUUGAAUCCCAAGAUUCCCUACCGGGUGUAACAAAACAGUUGGAUCAGCAGACACCAGUAUCAAGUCGAUUAGAACUGAGGAUUGGAGCACAAGUAAUGCUGCUGAAAAAUAUAAAUGUAGGAACAGGUUUGGUGAAUGGAGCUAGAGGAGUAGUGAAAAAAUUCGAAGAUGGACUACCUGUGGUGCAAUUUAAGAAUAAAAAAGAGUAUACAGUUAAAUAUGAGCGAUGGGUUGUAAAAACAGCUGGAGGAGGGUCCCUAUCAAGGAAACAAAUACCAUUAAAACUUGCAUGGGCAUUUUCUAUUCAUAAAUCCCAAGGUUUAACUUUGGAUUGUGUGGAAAUGUCUUUAGGAAGGGUCUUUGAAGCUGGUCAAGCAUAUGUGGCAUUGAGUCGAGCACAAAGUUUGGAGUCAUUGAGAGUUUUAGAUUUUAAGGCUAGUCAAGUUUGGGCAAAUCCUGAUGUUUUGGCAUUUUAUAGAACUUUGAAUGAUUUAAGACUGAUACCUUUGGGGCCAACUAAUAAACCUAUUCAGAUUAGGAAAGAUGUUAAAAAAAAAUCUUCUGGACUUAAAUCUAAGCUUUUCGAAAAACCUUUAGUGACAAUUUGUUGAAGAAUGAGCUAUUCUGAUGAUAGUUUGUUGGCAUCAACAGAGUUCUCAAUUUUAUUAUGUAUAUAAAUCAUUGAAUUUUGAUAAGGAAAGUAAAGAUGUUAAAUUCAUCAACUAUGUAAUUUUUAUUAAGAAUUUUUUGACACAAUUACAAAAUAAAACUUUUAUUAGGAUAUUAAUUGAUAUAUAGGAAAGUAUGUUAGGAAGUUGGUGAAAUUCCUACAAAAUCUCAGAUCUCAGGGUAUCCUUAUUGGAAAGAUUCAAAUUCUGGUUUUUUUCAAUGGAUAUUUUUGGAACAGAGGCUGUCUUGAUGUAAAACUCUUGAUAAUACAACCACUAUAUUUGUUUUUAGUUGUGCAAUCAGUCUAUUUGCACUACACAGUUUCAAAUAUUUGGAAAUGUCUUUAAUAAAUGAAGAGUUCAG